GCUAAUUUAGCUGAGGGCUUCUUUUGGGUAGUUAGAUGUUCUACUUUGUCCUGCAAAAACGUUAAUUAAAUAAUUUGUCUGGCUAAUUUAAGCAUAUUUUCUUCUACUAAAUUUUACUGAAGAAAAAUACUUCAUUUGCUUGCUGAUGUAGCCCCGGUUGUCACUAUGUGAAAAACCGAAUCAGAAUCACAAUAAUUGCCAUUUCUUUGAUCAUCGCAUUGCUCCACAAAUGUUGUUGUCUUUUGUAUGUGGUAACAAGUGUGCGCGGGAAAAAGUCUGAGAGCUGAUAUGGAAAUUCAUGACCUUUGACCGCCGAUAUGACGAUUUGGCGUUGGAAAUACUGGAAAAGUGGAAGAAAUUGAUUCGUUUGGAGGGAUCGUUCGAUUUGGUUGGCGUAUUUGAUAACAAGAACCAUGCUCUACAGUAGAUUAAUUGGCUUCCGAACGCGAUUUUAACACAUUUCUCAGAGCUUAUUAGCACUUCUACUAAACAUAUACGGUUUAACAUAGCAGUGCUGAUGAUGUUUUUCGUCUUAUCGCAACUGCUGUUUUUCUUUUCUUCUCAUUGUACUUUCGAUGGCAGAGAAAAGAGACGGAGCGAAUUGUUAACACAUACAGAAUUAUUUGUACAAUAGGAACAACAAUAAUAAUUUUGUGUAAUUUACGUAUAGACUUGAGGAGACUUAUUUUUUCUCUAGUGGAGGCCUUAGCUGGAGUUUCAACUGCCAGUCAUUCAGUUGAACAGUGACCGGCGAGCUGAACACUUGGAAAAUACUCAUUCUAAUCUCUUCCUCUGUUUCCACACCACAGAGUGUGAUCAUCUUUUAUUUUCUUCUCUAAUCUAUCCUCUGGCAAGAUUUUUCCCCAUACUUUUCCUCAUACUGGGAAAAGUUUUCAAUUAUAUACCUCAACCAAACUUCCCUUUUCGUAAAACCUUCUCAAGUUGACCAAACUCAUAUAACUCCGUGAACUGUGUCAUCAAGUCAACAAUCAAAUUAAAUUCCCAGACUAACCGGAAAUGUGCUAUAGCGAGUGAAUUAAAUAGUGUAGAACUGGAGGAAGUUUCAGUAAAACCAAUAAAUAACUCUAUGGCAGUGAUAUUUGCUGUGAAUUGAAAGCAAAACCCAAUCGACUGUUAAUUAUUUCAUGACACUUUUGUGAUAAAUGCAGAAAAAUUGUUCACUUUCUUCACCAUUACGCCACACUUGAUUAAUUUCACCCACCACUACCAACAAUGUUCCAAUCCAGGUAUCUCAGUGAUGAUCAUCUCAAGGGCUUCGAUAGAUACAAGUACAACAGCGUGGACACAAGUCUGUUGUCCGUUUAUGUGAUGCAUCCUUUUUGGAAUUGGUGCGUUAAAUUCUUUCCACGCUGGUUAGCACCAAAUUUGAUCACCUUUACGGGUUUCCUUCUGACAGUGGCCACAUUCGUCCUAAUAGGCUAUUAUGACUACGAUUUUAAAGCAGCAGACGAAGACAUAAAUCCCAUUCCACGGUGGGUUUGGCUAACAGCAGCCAUAGGAAUUUUUCUAGCGUACAACCUAGAUGGUAUCGAUGGGAAGCAAGCUAGAAGAACAGGUACUAGUGGACCUUUAGGAGAACUUUUUGAUCAUGGAUUGGACUCCUAUUCCACGGCCUUUAUUCCAAUCUACAUGUUCACUUUAUUUGGUGAGACGGACCUUCCACCGAUGCGAAUGUUCUAUGUGCUCUCCUAUGUCAUCUUCAUCAACUUUUACCUCACUCACUUCGAGAAGUACAACACAGGUGUUAUGUUCCUACCAUGGGGCUAUGAUUUCACUAUGUGGGGUCUCACAAUUGUCCUAACCUUGACAUUCUUUGUUGGUCCAUGGAUCUGGCGUGAACCAAUUUUGGGUCAAUACUGUCCAGCAGAUGCAUUUAUUCUGCUUCUCGUCGUUUCGGCUAUUAUCACAAACUAUCCAGUUAUCAUACGGAACAUCUAUAGAUCGUACAAGGAACGUACGGGAAAGAUGAGACCCUUGCUCGAGGCGAUACGUCCCCUGAUGCCUCUGGCCGGCCUCUUUGCCAUCUCCCAUUUCUGGUUGCUCUUCUCGAUAAACAACAUAGCUACACUUGAUCCACGAAUGCUCUUUGUCUGCUUCGGCACGAUCUUCUCCAACAUUUGCUGCCGAUUGAUUGUUGCCCAAAUGUCCGACACGCGGACAGACUGCUGGAACGGAUUGUUGUGGCUGCUCCUUGUGGUUACUGGAGUGUCAACAUUUCCGUUCUACAAUGCCCUCCAUAUUCGCUUCACGGCUACCAUUGAACUGGCCAUCGUGUACGUAAUCACAGGAAUAUCAACAGCUGCCCAUAUACAUUAUGGCACGUGUGUGGUGCGAGAAAUGUGCCAUCACUUCAAUAUCAAAUGCUUCCAAGUAAGAGAAAUCAAUAGGAAUACAGUGAAAUUGAAAUGAAUCAAACAUUUUGCCAGUUGACAUAGAAUUGGGAUUAAAACAAAUAUUCUGAAGAAAAA